CACUUUUCUUCCCACUAAUAUCUCCCCUCGAUCUGCUUCACUUUUGUAUCACUCGUGCUUUUGCUGGUUCUUCCUUUUUUCCGGCAGUAUAUACAUUGGCCUCGCGGCGCUCACGAAGCGGGAGUUCUGGUCCGGCACCGUGUUUGACUACCGUUAUCAAUGAGUCCUUGAAACCUCCAAUCGAGUUCCCUGAACUAUUACCUUUCACUACGCCGGCGAUCUCCUGCUCAUAGAAUGGGUCUUUUGUCAUUCCGCCAACCCUCUUGGAGGAUAAGCCGCUCACAAUUCUAUCCAAUAUGGGCAUUGUCACAACUCCUCCUUAAUCCCAUCGCAGUUUUAGCUCAGUCUGCAGCCGACUAUUAUGUGGAAUCUUUACCCGGGGCCCCAGAGGGCCCGUUACUAAAGAUGCAUGCUGGACAUAUUGAGGUAGACCCGGAGCACAACGGACAUCUUUUUUUCUGGCACUAUCAAAAUCGGCACAUUGCAAAUCGCCAGCGAACAAUAAUCUGGUUGAAUGGGGGACCCGGCUGCAGCUCCAUGGAUGGCGCGCUGAUGGAGAUUGGCCCGUACCGUCUGAAAGAUAACGAAACUCUAGAAUAUAACGAGGGAUCAUGGGACGAGUUCGCAAAUCUUCUCUUUGUUGAUCAGCCUGUUGGAACCGGUUUCAGCUUCGCCAAUACCAAUAGCUAUCUGCAUGAGCUAGAUGAAAUGGCUGCCCAAUUCAUCACUUUCUUGGAGAAAUGGUUCGCCGUGUUUCCCGAGUACGAGCGAGAUGAUAUCUACAUCGCUGGCGAAUCAUAUGCGGGCCAAUAUAUUCCAUACAUUGCAAAAGCUAUUCAGGAUCGAAACAAAGACAUCCACGAAAAGCAAUCUAGCAGUGCGCGUUGGAAUCUUCGCGGUCUUCUUAUUGGCAAUGGUUGGAUAUCGCCGGCGGAACAAUAUCCGGCGUAUUUGAGCUUUGCCUAUGAAGAAGGUCUUGUUGAGGAAGGUAGCAAGCUUGGAAAAGAGCUUGAAACUUUACUCUCUAUCUGCAAGUCUAAGAUGGAAACUGGACCUAAAAUAUCCAUAACGGACUGUGAAGCUGUUUUGAAUAAGCUUCUGGACAAGACUGUGGAUUCGAACAACCAAUGCAUCAAUAUGUACGAUAUUCGGCUCAGGGACGGUUCUUGUGGUACGACCUGGCCACCAGACUUGGUGGAUGUGAAGCCAUAUUUACAUACCUAUGAGGUGAUUCAAGCAUUGAAUAUCAGCCCAGAGAAAGAGUCAGGCUGGGACGAAUGUGACGGCAAUGUGGGGGCCGCAUUUCGGCCGCAAAAAUCCGAACCAUCAGUCAAAUUGCUCCCCGGCUUGCUCGAGUCGGGUAUCGAAAUCCUCCUCUUCAGCGGCGAUAAAGAUCUAAUUUGCAAUCACGUCGGGACUGAGCAACUUAUUAGCAACAUGAAGUGGGCAGGUGGUACUGGCUUUGAAACAUCCCCGGGGGUAUGGGCUCCACGACACGACUGGACGUUCGAAGAUGAGCCGGCCGGUUACUAUCAGUAUGCGAGGAACUUGACUUACGUUCUCCUUUACAAUGCCAGUCACAUGGCCCCCUUCGAUCUUCCCCGCCGCACGCGAGACAUGGUGGACCGCUUCAUGCACGUUGAUAUCGCCAGCAUCGGCGGUGCACCUGCGGAUUCACGCAUCGAUGGCGAACCGUUGCCUCAAACUUCUGUGGGCGGUCAGCCCAACAGCACAGUUCACCAAGAGGAAGAGCAGCAAAAGAUUAAAGAAACCGAGUGGAACGCCUACGCAAAGUCCGGUGAAGCCGUCCUUGUCGUUGUUAUUAUCGGUGUGCUGGUCUGGGGUUUUCUCAUCUGGCGCAGUCGCCGGCGACACAAUGGCUACAGCGGAAUUGCCAUUAAAUCCCCAAGUAGAACCUCUAUCAUGGGCCGUUUCCAUAACAAUCAUAGUAACGGCGCAGACGUAGAGGCCGGUGACUUUGAUGAGGCUGAGUUGGAUGACUUACACUCGCCAGGCCUGGACCGGGAAAAUUAUGCUGUCGGGGAAGACAGUGAUGACGAAGCGCAUCGACAGGAUCUACCACGCGCCCAAGAAUCUUCAUCGAAAAGCGAGAAUAAUCUUGUAACGUAA